GCCGCAUCCUUUUCAUUUCAACAUUUACAAAAGCGUUAAACCUUAAUAAUGAUUAAAAAUCUGAUCUUUUUAGCGCUUUUUGUCUGCGUGUGCAAAGGGGACGGCUGUCUAAACCCAGUCAUCACACCGUCAACGUACACAACCAGUGAUGCCGUCAUCUCAUCAGAGUCUGUCUUCAUUGUGGAGCUGAGCUUGUCAUGUUCUAAUGGUGUACAGAGUGUGGCAUUGUAUGCUGAUGUUAAUGGAAGACAGUUUCCUGUGACAAGAGGCCAGGAUGUAGGGAAGUACCAGGUAUCAUGGAGUCUCCCACACAAGCAGGCCAGUUCAGGAACGUAUGUGGUGAAGUUCUUCGAUGAGGAAUCUUACAGUGCACUGCGCAAAGCUCAAAGAAACAAUGAGGAUGUGGAUACAAUCAAGCCCCUCUUUUCUGUCAAUGUGGAUCACAGAGGAGCAUGGAGUGGCCCUUGGGUAUCUACUGAAGUCCUGGCUGCUGCUUUUGGCAUCUUGAUUUACUACUUUGCUUUCAAUGCCAAGACCACAAUCCAGACUUAAAGAGAAACCUUUCAGUUCACAUUGCUGUACCAUUAUUUCCACAAAGACCUCCAUAUUUAUGUUUCCAUACAUCAUCAUUCGUAAUUUUCAAGAUGUGCCAAACAGGUUAUUAUUAAGAAUGUUAUUUACUUUGCAUAACAUACAGUGAAUUUCUUGUAUUUAUUUAUUUGAUCAGAUGUCGUUUUUGUUUUUUGUUUUUAUUGUUUACUGGCCCAUUCUUUCUACAUCCUUCCAAUAAUGUGACAAUACAAUAAAAGUCUAGUUCAAAACAGUAAGCUUAGCUGUAAAUAAGAUCAUUUUGUUUGUUUUAAUAAUAACAGUAGUAAAUGCACUGACUGGAUUGAAGACAAAAAGGAAUGUUUUGAUUUUUAUUAUUGGGAAA